AUGUUCGCCCUCCGCCAAGUCGCCACUCGCUCGCCGCUGUCCUCCUCGCUGUCCCGCGCCAUGUCGUCCACCGCCGCCGCUGCCGACAAGAAGUUCUUCAUCCUGCGCUACGAGUAUGUGGACGACAUCUUCGAGCGCCGGGCGCCCUUCCGCUCCCAGCACCUGGAACACGCCCAGAGCGCCAAGAAGAACGGCCACUUGGUCAUGGGCGGCGCCCUCGCGAACCCUCCGGACGCCGCAGUCGUCGUCUUCAAUGCGGCGGACCAGCAGCUCGUCGAGGACUUCGCCAAAGAGGACCCUUACGCCCUCAACGACCUCGUGACGUCCUAUUCCGUCCGCGAGUGGACGGUCGUCGUCUAA